AUGCAACGCGCAUCUUCCGCAGUAGAUUUUGGAAGUCUGCUGAAUCCACAGACACAACAAGAGCGAGAGCAGGAGGCAGCGCGAAGAAAAUUAGCUGAGAUCCAGAGGGUGCAGCUCGAAGCAGAAAUGGCAGCCGUGAGCAUGAUGCCACCGUUGAUUGGAGGGCAGCAUGGAGAAGACCGACAGGACUUGCCUCGUCCCUACAAAUGCCCCUUGUGCGACAAGGCUUUCCACCGUCUCGAACAUCAGACAAGACAUAUUCGAACACAUACUGGAGAGAAGCCGCAUGCAUGUCAAUUCCCGGGCUGCACAAAGCGCUUUUCGCGGUCAGACGAGCUGACUCGACACUCGAGGAUACACAACAACCCCAACUCAAGGAGGAGUAACAAGACACAACAAUCUGUCCAACAUGCUGUGCAGAAUGGAGGUUUGGAACAGGCAUCCAUGGCUCAAAUGAUGCCACCGCCAAAGAACAGCAUGUCACGAUCCGCGCCUGCAUCUGCUCUCGGUUCCCCCAAUGUCUCCCCUCCACACUCCUACGCCGCAUACUCUACCCCGUCCUCAUCUCUUAAUCCCUAUGGUCGGAGUCUAGGAGGCAGUCCGAAUAAUGGUCAGAAUCUCGAUAUCAACCUGCUUGCCACCGCUGCUACCCAAGUCGAGAGAGAAAGCACCUUUGCUACACAUCACCCCCAUCACAACUCGAGGCAUCACCCUUACUACAGCCACAGCAGUCAGAACAGUCGGAAUCACCUUCCUUCACUGUCGGCCUAUGCGAUGUCGAGAUCACAUUCCCACGAAGAAGACGACCACUACUCGCACAGAGUCAAGCGCUCAAGACCAAACUCGCCGAAUAGCACUGCUCCAUCUUCGCCCACCUUUUCGCAUGACUCGCUCUCCCCAACACCCGAUCACACCCCUCUCGCCACUCCAGCACACUCUCCCCGUCUGAGACCGUAUGGCGGUGGAUACGAUUUGCCAGGAAUUCGCAAUCUGACAUUACAACAUACACCUGCGCUUGCUCCUAUGGAGCCCCAACAUCUCGACGGUCAAUACCACAACAACAAAACAACUUCGGCUCCAAGAAGUGGUCUCACGAUCAGUGAUAUUAUGGAGAGGACAGAUGGUACGCAGAGGAAACUACCAGUUCCGCAAGUACCAAAAGUCGCAGUGCAAGAUCUCUUAACUACGGGCGAAAACGGUUUCAAUUCAAGUGGGCAAAGUAGUACAACAGGCAGUGUUGCAGGAGGCGAUUUGAUGGACCGGAUGUGA